AUGGCGAGACAAGAGUGCAAGGAGCUGCUGCACAGGCUCAAUAAGACCACGGCGUGCUACCACCACCUGGUGCUGACCCUCGGGGGCUCGGCGGACACGCAGAACCUGCGGGAGCAGCUGCAGAAGACGCGCCAUCGGGCGCAGGAGCUGGCGGCCAUCGUCUGCGUCCGGCUCACCACCGCGCUUCGAGACCGGAGCCUAGACACCGAGGAACGCGUCGAGUUCGAGCGCCUCUGGGCGACUUUCUCCAGCUGCCUGGACCUCCUGGAAGCCGACAUGCGACGCUCACUGGAGCUGGGCACCGGAUUCCCAUUGCAUGCGCCGCGGGGACCCCUAGUGCGCACCGGCGUGGCGGGUGCCACCAGCGGCGUGGCAGCGCGUGUGCUGAGUGCCCGCAGUUUGUCGGACCAUGCUGAGCAGGACUUCGAGGUGCACGACUUGCAGCAACUGGAGCGAGAGGUUUUGCAAGUGAGCGAGAUGAUGCAGAAGAUGGAAAUGAAGGUCAAUGUGCCCCGUUGGACCGUGCAGGCCCAACAGCCUGCGGGCGCCGAGCUGCUGUCCAGUGCCAGCGCCGGAGCCUCCUCUGGGGGUGGCAUGUCGGUAGGAGGGCGCAGGCGACCCUGCGACCUCAGCAAGGCCACGGCUGCGGGGGUUUUCAGCGCCGUACUGCUGGCCACGGUAGUGCUGGCCGUGUGCGUGGCGAAGCUGAGCUGA